ACCAGCUUAGUGCAAUCUCCAUCGAAAUCAUACACCCAUCAGCCCUUUCUUGCGCUUACAUACACAGUCAACGAUCGAUAUGGCCAUGGCUAUGUGGAGAAAGAAGGAGACGGCCGGAGCCAGCGGCAACGCCCCGGCAUGCGUUGUUCGCUCCGCCGGCGAGGGCGGCGGGAAGAUCCCGAAGGGCUACGUCCCGAUGGUGCUCGUCGGCGACGCGGGAGAAAGGGAGGAAAGGGUGCUGGUUCACGUCGGGAUGCUCACGGAGCCGCGCGUCCUGGCUCUGCUGGAGAUGUCCGCGCAGCGGUUCGGGUACGGCCAGCCGGGCGUCCUGAGGAUCCCAUGCGGCGUGGAGCGGUUCGAGCAGACGGUCCGUGGCCACCGGCGGGAGAUGCAGGAUUCUGCGUGCGCAGCAGCACACUAGGAGAGAGCCGACCGCCACAAUUUUUUUAAUUUUUAAUUUUUUCCGUGGGGAAUGGCCACAGUUUUUUUGCUGUACAGUCGUUGAAUUGCCUUUGUGGUAUCAAUAUAUAUUUCUUUCUUUCUUAAACUUUUAUAAGAUUGUUUAUAGAUCACUAAAGUAUUAUGUUUCGUUUAGUGUUUUGUAGCUAAACAUUGACAUAAAGUUACUCGUUGACACGGUCGAUCCUAUUACCACACAUUUCUUUUCUUUUUU